AUGUUAAUAUCCAAACCAGUAAAAAAUGUUUUCUUGAUGGGAGAAACAGGUAGUGGCAAAACAUCUUUUAUCAAUUUAAUUACCAAUUAUUGUAGAAAAGGAGAAUUGAGAAAACCAAAAAUAUCAAUUCCAACAAAAUUUCACAAAGCCACUGAAAAUUUUGAUCAUGAUGAAAAUGAUGUCACCGAUAGUAAAACAAGUAAAACAACAAAAUGUUUGUGUUACUCUUUUGAUAUGGGCGAUUUCAUUUUGAAUAUCAUUGAUAGCCCAGGGCUAAAUGAUACUAGAGGAAAAGAACAAGAUGAAAUUAAUAUUAAAUUGAUUUUAAAAACCAUUUCAGACUUGGGUCAAAUUUCUGCCAUUGUAGUUGUAGUAAAUGGAACCAAUCAAGAUUAA